GUUUCAAUUUGAAUCACCAAAUCUUUCUUUUCCUAUUUUUCCAACAUUCUUCCAAAAAUGACCACCCCUUCAACACCGGGCGAAAGCUCGCUCGCGACAUCUGUCUAUUCUCUCGCCCCAAAGUCUCCAGUGGAAGUACAUAAGGAACGAGUCGCCAACUGGCGCUUCUCCACCAUCUGCGCUAAUGUCGAUGGCAAGGAUCAGUAUGGAGCUAGCUCAACUCCCAUCUACCAGACCGCCACCUUCAAGGGUAUGGACGGGCAAUAUGACUACACCAGGUCUGGGAACCCCACAAGAGGCGCUCUUGAAAACCAUCUUGCAAGAUUGUACGGGGCCACUCAAACAUUUGCCUUGUCUACUGGUAUGACUUGUCUUGACACGAUCUUGCGACUUGUUAGGCCAGGAGAAACCGUUCUGGCCGGUGACGAUUUGUACGGAGGUACCAACCGACUUUUGACGUAUCUUGGUACGCAUGGCGGUGUCGAUGUCAGGCAUGUUGAUACUACAGAUGUGGACAAGGUAAUUCCUCAUCUUGGACCAGGGAAUAAUGUCAAGAUGGUUCUUCUAGAAUCCCCUACGAACCCUCUGUUGAAAAUUGCCGACCUGCAAGAAAUCGCCGAUGCUGUUCACUCUGCUGCACCUAGCGCUUUGAUUGUGGUUGACAACACUAUGAUGUCUCCUUACCUGCAACGGCCGCUUGAGAUUGGUGCCGAUAUUGUUUACGACUCUGCUACCAAAUAUCUCUCAGGUCAUCACGACCUUAUGGCUGGUAUCAUUGCAGCUUCUCGACCCGAUAUCUGCAAAGACAUUGCAUUCAUUAUUAACUCUGUUGGAUCCGGCCUUGCUCCUUUCGACUCUUUCCUUUUGCUCCGUGGUGUCAAGACCAUGUCUCUCAGGAUGGACAGGCAGAUGGCCACUGCCCACCUUGUGGCUCUUUAUCUUGAUUCAUUUGGCUUCUUGGUCCACUACCCUGGUCUCAAGAGCCAUCCUAAGAGGGAUAUCCACUACAAACAGGCGUCUGGUGCUGGCGCGGUGUUAAGUUUUGUUACUGGCGACAAGGCCCUUAGCGAACGGAUUGUCGGCGGGACAAGACUGUGGGGUAUCAGCGUGUCUUUCGGGGCUGUCAACAGCUUGAUCAGUAUGCCAUGUUUAAUGUCUCACGCCUCCAUUUCCGCUGCAGUUCGUGCUGAACGAGGGCUCCCAGAAAACCUUAUUCGACUUUGUGUCGGUAUCGAGGACCCUAGAGAUCUCAUUGAUGACUUGGAGCAUUCGCUUCUCCAAGCAGGAGCUAUUGUUCCCAAUCUACAAUAUACUCCUCUCUCCCAGACUAAGGCGGCGGAGUUGUACGCUAGGGACGGUGAAGCGUGGAUCCUGGAACGUGCCAAGGGUUUCAAGCGGCCUUCUACCCAGUCUAUUACUGUUGACAAGCUCGUCAGCGGCGUGAAGCAAAGUCUUGGUCUCUCCACCCCUCCCAAAGAGUACAAGACGAUCGAAGAAGACAUCGCGGUUUCUGCCCCCGGCAAGGUUAUUCUUUUCGGUGAGCACGCUGUCGUCCACGGCGUCACUGCCAUCGCGUCCAGCGUCGACCUCCGAUGCUUUUCCGUCUUGUCUCCUCGUCGUGACGGAAAGGUUGGAUUGGAAGUACCCAAUAUUGGUGUGGAACUCGAAUGGGAAAUCAGCAAGCUUCCUUGGAAUCUGCUUCCGGUGCACGCAAAUGGCGGGAGGCACGUUGCCGACAAGGAGCUUGACACGGCGUUGCUUCAGGCUGUGGAGGGUGCUGUCAACACUCAUGUUGAAGUGGGUAAGACUGGUAUAGGUGCCUGUGUAGCCUUCUUAUAUCUGUACAUGAUGAUCUCAGGUGAAGAAACCAAUGCUCUUUCUGUUACCUUUACCGCUUCUUCAAACCUCCCUAUCUCUGCGGGUCUCGGAUCAUCUGCCGCAUACUCCACUUGUGUUGCGGCGUCUUUCCUUCUCGCUCGCCAGCACCUCACCAUUCCUUCGGCCGAUCGCCUUCCCAAAGAAGACACUGACUUGGUCGAUGGAUGGGCUUUCUUGGCCGAAAAGGUUUUACACGGAAACCCUAGUGGUAUCGAUAACGCCGUCGCUGUCAGGGGUGGAGCUGUUGCUUUCACCAGAUCUGUUGGCGGAAAGCAAGGCGGUAUGGAUGGUCUUUUUGAGUUUUCUUCUGUCCGAUUACUCUUGACCAACACUCUUGUCCCCAGAGACACCAAGACAUUGGUUGCCGGUGUUUCCGCGAAGCGCCUCGCUGAGCCUCAGGCUGUUAACUCGAUUCUCGAUUCUAUCCAAACCAUUUCAGAUGAAGCACGUUCCUUGCUCGGCGGUGGCAAGCCUGUGGAACGUUCUAUCCUUGUCAAGCGUCUGGAAGCGCUCAUCAAGGAAAACCAUGAGCACUUGGUUGAGCUCGGAGUGUCGCACCCUUCUUUGGAAAUGAUCGUGGCAGCUACCGCUCAGGCACCUUUCGAGUUAGCCACCAAGUUGACUGGUGCUGGUGGCGGCGGAUGUGCUCUUACUCUUAUUCCGGAUGAUUUCCCUGAAUCUUCCCUCAACGAGCUCAUCCAAACCCUCGAAGGCCAUGGUUUCCAAGCGCACCUCACCACACUGGGCGGCCCUGGCUUCGGUGUCCUCACGACUCCCUUUAAGCCGGGCAAUGUCUCUGAACAACUUCGGGAUGCUGUGAGGACCCACGACGAGGGUGAGGGCAUGGUUGUGCCGAAGAGAGCUGGUCUUAGAGAAGCUGAUAAGGAAGGUUUGCACGCAUGGGCGGAAAGGUUGGGUCGAUGGGUAUAUGCUUAAAAUAUGUUAUGGGUUGCUUUAGUUGAACGUAUGUUUUCUCUGUGUCCCUUGUGUGAUGUUUCUAGUUUCACAGUAGCAACAGUAAUGUCUUUGGCUUGUACAAUAUGGAAUGCACGACAUUUUGGUAACUG